AUGGCAGCUGUACACCCGAACCCGGACCCGAAUUUCCUCUCCCACGUCCUCCAGCCAUACCUAGAGCAACAGCAACAAUUUCCACCCGACCCGUCGGAUGAAGAAACUGCAACUGAAACCGAUAACGAAAGUACCGCGUCUUUUACUAAUAAUUCAAUUGUCUCGAUCCCGAAUACGAAUUCGGGUUUGACUGAACGGUCGAAGCCAGUGCUCCUCCAUGUGUCGUUCAACCAGGACUAUGGAUACUUUUCUGCCGGCACCGAUCGCGGGUUCCGUGUAUACGAUUGCGAUCCUUUUAGCGAGAAUUUUCGACGUAAUCUUGAUGGUAACGGUGGAAUCGGCAUUGUUGAGAUGCUAUUCCGUUGUAAUAUACUUGCCCUUGUCGGCGGUGGUGAUUCCCCUCAGUAUCCGCUUAAUAAAGUUAUGAUAUGGGAUGAUUAUCAUAACCGGUGUACCGGGGAGCUUUCUUUCAGGUCGGAGGUUCGUGGGGUUCGGUUGAGGAGGGACCGGAUUGUGGUUGUCCUUGAGCAGAAGAUUUUUGUGUAUAAUUUGGAGGAUUUGAAACUAUUGCAUCAGAUUGAGACUAUUGCGAACCCUAAGGGGCUAUGUGCGGUGUCGCACGUGGCUGGAUCAUUUGUGUUGGUGUGUCCAGGGCUGCUGAAGGGACAGGUUAUGGUGCAGCAUUAUUCUUCGAAGACGACUAAGUUUAUUAUGGCUCAUGAUUCGAGGAUCGCCUGCUUUACGCUGUCACAAGAUGGAAAUUUGCUUGCCACUGCCAGCACUAAGGGGACCCUGGUUCGAAUUUUCAAUACACAUGAUGGGACUUUAAUGCAGGAGGUAAGGAGGGGUGCAGACAGAGCAGAAAUAUACAGCCUAGCGUUUUCACCUACUGCCCAUUGGCUGGCAGUCUCGAGUGACAAGGGCACCGUUCAUGUAUUCCGCCUUAAAGUUAAUGCAGAAAACCUUGGAAAUGCGAGGUCAAGCAGUCCUCCAGAUUCGUCUUCUGCCAUGACUUCACCAAGGUCAUCACUCUCUUUCAUCAAAGGAGUACUCCCCAAGUAUUUUAGCUCUGAAUGGUCAGUGGCUCAGUUUCGUUUAAUUGAAGGUCCACAAUAUAUCGUUGCAUUUGGUCAGCAAAAGAAUACAGUGGUCAUUAUUGGCUUGGAUGGAAGUUUUUAUCGGUGCAAGUUCGACCCAGCCUCCGGUGGAGAGAUGACACAGCUUGAAUAUCAUAAUUUCCUUAAUCCUGAUGAAGCUUUCUAG